AUGUCGACUUUAGUGGUGGUGAAAAGACAUGGAAGGAGAGAGGCUGUCAUAUUCGUGGCCCUGUUAUCAGAAUGCUACAGCUUAAAGAAUGUAGAGUUAAAAGUUCCUGAUGCUGCAGAGCGAAACGUAAAAGUGGUACUCGAAUGCCACUACAAAUUGGAACGUCAGGCGACAUACCACGAAGAGUUGUACCAGGUGAAGUGGUACCGUGGGGAUAAGGAGUUCUGUCGAUACGAGCCCAGAGCUGUCCCUCCCUUAAAAGUGUUUCCUAUAGAUGGAAUAGAAGUUAGCAAUGAAACAACUGGAGUAAAGUUGACAAUAAUACCCAGGAAUCGCGUUACGGCAGAAGGACAAUAUAGUUGUGAAGUGACGGCUGAUUCUCCCUCAUUCCAAACGCAACAAGUCUUUGCGCAUAUGUACGUUGUAGGUGAAUAUAGGGAUACUUACACGGUGAACCUUUUUCCAGAUCUACCAAAGGAAUAUCCUGAAAUGACUGACCUAAAAAGAUCGUACAAGCUGGGAUCAAAAUUAGUAGCGAAUUGUUCCAGCGAAGGGUCUCUACCCGCUGCUAACCUGACAUUCUUCGUCAACGGAAACCCGGCACGGCCUCAACAUAUCUAUCAUAGAGUAGACGGAAAUUCUUCGAGUGGGCUCAUGAGCUCUUAUAGUUCUUUGCAAUUUAUCGUGCAGAGGCGCCAUUUGAAAAAAGAUAUGAUGAUUAGGGUGAAGUGUGCGGCGUACAUCUACAUGAUUUAUUGGAAAACCGUUGAGAAGUCAGCGUGGUUUGAUUACACGCCUCCUACGACUUCACCAUCGCCGUGGAAGCAGCGUGAGGAGGUUGCAGUCAACAUCAAGCCUAAACCUACUGUGGGCAAAACGGAACGAGUCCCUGGCACUAAUGCUGCCGAAACGGCUCAAAGGGUUAUUGAUGUGUAUGGCGGUCGUGUCGCAAAAGAAAACACAGUGCGAUUUGAGUUCCAACGUUUUAGCUCUGGAAAUUUCGACCUGCAGAAUAAGUUCCUUGGACAGCCGGAAACCCUAGUUUAUAAUGAAGAACUGAAGGCUAUUGUGGACGCGUAA